ACAUUUAAAUCACAUGUAAGCAUGCUAAAAUCUGACCAUUAAUUCAAAAGUUAUUAGUUUUCCUGAUUUCUAUAUAUCUUGCGGUCUGUACACAAAAAUUUUUAAUGUUUGAAAUUUAAUUUGUUCAAGCGGGAAUAAAUAAUUGAAAAAAAUUAUUCCUUUUUCAAUCAAAAACAUUUUUAAUUACUUGAUAAGGAAACUAGCCAAAUCAAGUGCAUUCUUCAAAAUCCAAUUAACAGCAACUGAGAAAAUCUGCAGCGUGUAUUUAAGAACAAAAAUAUGUAUUUAAUAACUUGUUUCGUUUUUAAAUUUUUAUUAGCAUUUUUUUGUCAAAUGAUUCCUGGAAUAUUUUUGAAUUCACGGUAAACAAAACUCUUCAUCACUUACAAAGCUUUUGUAUGAGUCUCUGCACAAAGAACUAAAAACUCCCCGAAAAAUGGAAUUAUACUUUAAGAAAACGUUCUAAAAUUUUGAUGGAUCAUUAUCAUUUUAACUAAUAAUAAAAAUUUGCAUUUUUUGAAAAUUAUUACUUUUUGUUGAUGAGCGAUUUCUUCUUUUGGCUCAUAAACUUGAAUUUCGGAAGAUAGUUCAAUUAAAAAAAAUUCGCAUGAAGCAUUUCUCAAUGAAACUAUUCCAUUGAAACCGACAAAAUUUCGAAAAUUGAAAGUUGAAAAUUGAUAUUUUGCAAAGAAUAACUAAUCAACCACAAUAAUGUGUCAUAAUAUUUAAAUUGUGUGUUGAGAAUAUGGAUACAGUUUAUGUAGAUAAAAUUCUUAAUUUUCUCGAUUUUUCUCCAAUAGGAUUCUUAUACAAAUUUUAUAUAAAUUUUAGGUUUAUUCAGAAGGAAAUGAACACUUCACUUCCAGAAAUCUUUUUCCCUUUCCGAAACAAUUCAUUGGAUAAUGAUACUUUGGACAUGAACCAAGAACAAGAUAGAUCUGAUAAGCAGGAAGAAUCCGUAAUUGCUCAAGUAGUCUUUCUCAUAAUUUCGUCUCUCGGAAUAUUUGGUAAUUCAGUAUCGAUUCUUGCCUUGAAAAAAUCGAAGAAGCUUCGAGGACCAACCGAUGCAUUUGUUACAACUUUAUGCGUUGCCGAUUUGCUUUUUUGCAUCAUCACAAUAAUAAAUUACAGCAGGCCUGAUUGGAACCGCAACCACACUUUUUGCCUUUUGAUAACAUGGGCAAAAUUUUUAGUCGCUGGAGAAUCGUUGUACUUAAUGAUUGGAAUUACGAUUAAUCGAUAUAUCUGUAUAAUUUACCCAAAGUAUUAUCGUUUGAUAUACAGAAAGAAAUAUUUAGUAUUGCAGUUAACUUUAACGUGGAUGUAUACUUUUAUUCAUUCACUUUUACCAUUCUUUGGAGUUGUAGGAAAAUAUGGUUACGAACCUAACAGCGGACUCUGUAUCCUUUUGAGACAUUAUGGAAUAACAGUUCCAACUUUCUUUUUCAUACACUACUUUGCAUUUCCAGCCACGGUUUUUGUAAUUUGCUAUUCGAGAAUUUUUUGGGUCACUCAUAAGGCAUCUCAACACGUGAGAAAGCAGUGCAAUUUGUCUGUUAAGCGAAAAGAAUUAGAUCCUACAGCAACGUCACUAGAGAUUCAAAGAGGUGAUUUUCCGGAUCGCGUUGACGAUAAGGAAAUGAAAAUCCUGAAAGUGAUGCUAGUCGUUAUUGCUGCUUUCCUGAUUUGUUACUUUCCAAUGACUAUUAUUCAUUUUUUUGACAGUGAUGCAAAAAUUCCUACUCUUACUGCGCUAUCCCACUUGGGACUCAACUUAUCAAAUGUGAUCAAUCCCAUAAUAUACGUCGCUAUGUGUGCUGAAUUCCGAAAGGCAUGUUUUGAACUUUUCACUUGCAAACAAGUCAGGCUGCCAUUGUCAACUUCUUCAAAUAAUACAGCAACUUCAUAAAUGCUAAAUGUUUAAUAAUGCUCUAUGAAUUUUUUAUUUAGGCAAAUUUGUAUAAACAUUAUUGUUACAAGUGUCAAAAGUGUAUUAUUAGUGUACAAUGCCCAAACUAAUUUUUGUAACCCUUAAAUAUGGAAAUGCUAGAAAGGGAUAUUGAAAAUAAAGAUAUUUAAACAAAUCCUGUU